UCCCUAACGCGUAGCCUACCCAGGAGCCCGCGCCUAUUUUGAGUUGGUUGCUUCCUUCCCCUACCUUCCCUGAGAGGCUCUGCUUCUUUCCAGUACCCCUACAGCGGUUCCUCUGGGCCUUCUCUCUCCUUACUCUGCUCCUCAGUCCCCUUCCUGACAGGGCUCGGGGGAGUGUGCGCCGAGCGCCGCGCCUCCUCGGGAAUUUUCUCUCGUUUUGACAUUUCUUUCUUUUCUCCUGGACUUCGCCGCGCCCGAUGCGGGCAUCUGGCCUGGGAGAGGGAAGCCGGGGAAGCGGAGCGCCGCGCAGGCUGUGUGCAGCUGACACAAAAUGAGUGUUCCUGACUACAUGCAGUGUGCUGAGGAUCAUCAGACUCUCCUGGUUGUGGUUCAGCCAAUUGGCAUCGUACCUGAAGAGAGCUUUUUCACGAUCUACAAGCGAAUUUCAGCAGUGAGUCAAGUUAACGUGCGUGACUCUCAGCGUGUGUUGUAUAUCCGUUACAGGCACCAUUAUCCCCCUGAGAACAAUGAAUGGGGAGAUUUUCAGACACAUAGGAAAGUUGUGGGCCUGAUAACUAUUACAGACUGUGCUUCUGCAAAGGACUGGCCUCAGACUUUUGAAAAAUUCCAUCUUCAAAAGGAGAUGUAUGGUUCUACUCUGUAUGAUUCCCGGUUGUUUGUCUUUGGGCUUCAAGGAGAGAUUGUGGAGCAGCCUCGCACAGAUGUGGCAUUUUAUCCCAGUUAUGAAGAGUGUGAAACAGUGGAGAAAAGAAUAGAAGAUUUUAUUGAAUCCCUCUUUAUAGUGCUGGAGUCAAAGCGGCUUGACAGAGCCACUGAUAAGUCUGGAGACAAGAUCCCCCUCCUGUGUGUUCCUUUUGAGAAGAAGGAUUUUGUAGGUCUGGAUACCGAUAGUAGGCACUAUAAGAAGCGUUGUCAAGGCCGAAUGCGGAAACAUGUUGGUGACCUGUGUUUACAAGCUGGCAUGUUACAGGAUUCCUUGGUCCACUAUCACAUGGCAGUGGAACUUCUGCGGUCUGUGAAUGACUUUCUGUGGCUUGGAGCUGCUCUUGAGGGCUUAUGCUCAGCAUCAGUCAUCUAUCAUUAUCCUGGUGGCACUGGAGGCAAAGUUGGAUCUCGCAGAGCACAAGGAGGUUCUCUUUCUGCUGAGGCAGGCAACAGACACAGACCUGGGGCACAAGAAGUUCUCAUUGAUCCAGGUGCACUGACUUCAAAUGGCAUCAAUGCAGACACCAGUGCCGAGAUAGGACGUGCCAAGAAUUGCCUUAGUCCUGAAGACAUCAUAGAUAAAUAUAAAGAAGCUAUUUCUUACUAUGGGAAGUACAAGAAUGCUGGUGUCAUCGAACUGGAAGCCUGUGUGAAGGCAGUGAGAGUCCUUGCAAUCCAGAAAAGGAGCAUGGAAGCUUCGGAGUUCCUUCAAAAUGCUGUUUAUAUCAACCUUCGUCAGCUUUCAGAAGAAGAAAAGAUCCAGCGCUACAGCAUUCUCUCAGAGCUCUAUGAACGAAUUGGUUUUCACCGCAAGUCUGCUUUUUUCAAGCGUAUAGCAGCGAUGCAGUGUGCUGCACCCAGCAUCCCAGAACCUGGCUGGAGGGCCUGCUACAAACUGCUUUUGGAAACUCUACCUGGCUAUAGCUUAUCCUUGGAUCCUAAGGAUUUCAGCAAAGGAACUCAUAGAGGAUGGGCUGCUGUACAGAUGCGCUUGCUUCACGAGCUUGUGUAUGCUUCCAGAAGAAUGGGCAACCCUGCUCUGUGUGUCAGGCAUCUGUCUUUCCUUCUCCAGACCAUGCUGGAUUUUCUUUCUGAUCAAGAAAAGAAAGAUGUAACGCAGAGCUUGGAAAGCUACACAGCAAAGUGCCCUGGAACAAUGGAAUUCAUCACUCUUCCAGAUGGUUUGAAAUUACCUCCUGUUCCAUUCACCAAAUUGCCUAUUGUGAGAUCUGUGAAGCUCUUGAAUCUUCCAACUAGUCUCCGGCCUCACAAAAUGAAAAGUUUGCUUGGUCAGAAUGUGUCAACCAAAAGCCCCUUCAUAUACUCUCCAAUUAUUGCACAUAGUCGUGGGGAAGAACGAAGUAAGAAAAUUGACUUCCAGUGGGUCCAGGGAGACGUGUGUGAAGUUCAGCUGAUGGUGUACAACCCUAUGCCUUUCGAGCUCCGAGUAGAAAACAUGGGUCUCUUGACAGCAGGAGUAGAAUUCGAAUCUCUUCCUGCAGCUCUUUCUCUGCCUGCAGAAUCCGGUCUCUACCCAGUAACACUUGUUGGUGUUCCUCAAACUACUGGGCAGAUCACUGUCAAUGGUUACCAUACUUCAGUUUUUGGAGUCUUCAGUGAUUGCCUUCUGGACAACCUUCCAGGGGUGAAGACCAAUGGCUGUACUGUUGAAGUGAUUCCAGCUUUGCCAAGGCUGCAGAUAAGUACUUCCCUUCCAAGGUCUGCUCACACACUUCAGCCUUCCUCAGGGGAUGAAAUUUCCACUAAUGUUUCUGUCCAGCUUUACAAUGGAGAGACCCAACAGCUCAUCAUUAAGUUAGAAAAUAUUGGGACAGAACCACUGGAGACACUGGAGGUCACAUCAAAAAUAGUCAACACUAAGGAGAAGCUGUAUGGGGACUUCCUGAGUUGGAAGCUAGAAGACACCCUCUCCCAGUUUCCUCUAAAACCUGGAAAGAUUGCAACUUUUAUUGUAAACAUUAAAGUGAAGCUGGACUUCUCAUGUCAGGAAAACCUUUUGCAAGAUCUCAGUGACGAUGGAAUCAGUGUUACUGGACUUCCACUCUCCAGUCCUUUUCGGCAGGUUGUCAAGCCGAGAGUGGAGACUAAACCUAUUAAUCCACAAGAAAGCAGCAAAGUUGGUGACUUCAGUCAUGUGAAGACACUGGAAGCCAUUUUGAAUUUCAAGUACUCUGGGGGACCAGGGCAUAUUGAAGGGUAUUACCGCAACCUCUCACUAGGCCUUCAUGUAGAAGUAGAGCCCUCUGUUUUCUUCACACGUGUUAGUACCCUGCCAGCAACAAGCACCCGGCAGUGCCAUCUACUCCUUGAUGUCUUCAAUUCCACAGAGCAUGAGUUGACCAUCAGUGCUAGGAAUAAUGAAGAUUUAAUUCUGCAUGCUGGGGAAUGUCAGCGUAUGGCUAUACAAGUGGACAAGUUCAAUUUUGAGAGCUUCCCAGAAUCCCCUGUAGAUGGGACACAGUUUGCUAAUGUGAAGCAGUUGGAAGAAGAAAGGCAACAAGCAAGAGGUCUGGAGAUUAACAGCAAGCUGAAUAUUUGCUGGAAAAUUCCUUCCUUGAAGCGUGAAGGGGAAGCAAGUGUGGAAGGUGUUCUUAAUCAACUGGUCCUAGAGCAUCUGCAGUUGGCUCCUCUCCAGUGGGAUAUCCUUGUUGAUGGUAAGCUUUGUGACUGUGAUAUUGUGGUGAACUGCAAAGUAGGAGACCCCAUCCCAUUGGAGGUGAAGCUGACCAACUGGAGCAAGCGCUGUGUGGGGCCCUUCGCUCUCACCGUGACACCCUACCAGGACUACCAAAAUGGGGUGCACAACUAUGAGCUGCAAGAUGCAAUCACCUUUGUGGGCUCUAACACCUUCUACAUUGAUUCAGUGAAACCAACCAAAGACUCUGUGUACUUUGGAGCACUUCUGUUUCUUUACACAGGUGAUUUCUACCUGAAUAUCAAAUUCCAUGAAGACAACUGCAGCAAAGAGCUGCCUCUGUCCUGGUUCUGCCUUCCUAGUGUCCAUAUUCGUGCUAUGGAGCCUAUGGUCUAAGCUGUAAAUGUAGUGUGUGCUAUUUGAUUAACCUCAGUGCACUGAAAUGCUUGGCACAUCCUCUGCUUGACCCUAGCUUGUUUCUGUCCAACCCCAGGCCACAAUCCCUACUUUGGAGGAACAGCUGAAUGCUUUCUGAAUUGGCUGAUAGUCAUUUGAGCAGCUGCUUUAGCUAAUUUCAGAAAGAGAGAGAGAGACAGACAGACAGAUUAUAACUAUGCUAGCAUUUUCUUCUGUUUCCAAAAGGCCUUUGAAUCUGCUAAUAGAUGCAUUAGACUUCCAUAUACGCUAUCGAUAUCAGUGGGUUUGAAAGGAUAUUGAAGGCUGAGUUUAAUGAUGUGUUUGGAAGUCUCAAUUCCAAUUUGAAUAAUCCCAUUUUAGCAUUUUUCAGCAAGAGUUGUAUUUCUGUAUGAAAUUUCUUCUGACCUAACACUGGACCCCUGGUGUGUAUCCUUGAGGUGUAGUUCUCUCUUAGAUUUGUUCACAGGCUUGUACUUGUUUGCUGGCUAUUUGGUGUCUGGUAGUAAAUAGUAGUAAUGAUGCAUUUUUCUGUGAUAUGAAUAUAAGAGUAGCAAAUGUGCUUCCAGUUAUUCGAUUACUUCCCUGAGCCCAGUGUCAUUUGCUUCUGGUAAAGUCACCACAUUUAGUUGGGUAGAUCUGUGAAUGAGAAGUGAAAGACGACAAUGGAAAGCUAAAAAAUUCUGUCCUUGAGAAAGGAAACCAACUUUUGGGUUCCCUUGGGCUCACCUGUGAAUUUCAGCUGUCACAGUUUUGUUUUAUACAAUCACAAUUGCUUGAAAUAUUUGUAGAUGCUUAAAGAGCCUCCAGAAUUAAUCAUCUGGUUAUUAAUUUCACUUUGUGUGAGUUUUUGUAAACUCUUCUGAUCAGAUUUUUGAUGCUAAUACACUGGGCUUGAUUAUGUGGUUGGUUGUUUCCUUGUUUUUCUUUAGAAUGGUUAAGUUUAAUUAUUAGGCAAUUAAGGCCGUGGAAUUCCUGACCAUAAAAGUAGUUGAUGAAUGUACUGAAAAUGUAGCCUGUUGAAUUUCAGAAUAAUGUUGUUGUGUGAAGAGACUCAUGUUUACCCCAUGUAAAGCAGAGAUGUCUUAGUUGUAUGGUUAGUAUAUUAUUUCAUGGACCAUGUUUCAAACCUGUCUCAGUCUUUCUUAAGCUUACAGCCACUGCUUUUUAAUUUGGUAGUAGCAUAGUUUUGGAGGUGGGUGCAGCAAGAUGUGGCAGAGAAGCUCCAGCGAGCUCCACUUAGCUCUACACAUGCUAAGUCUGCAUGCACAACGUCUUUGCAGAUUUUUUUGUUUGUGUAGGCUUCAUCCACAUGUGGCUGUACCACUCCAUGCCUGACCUGGUCUAUCCUGUGGAACAUUAGCCUAGGAUGCACAUUAUGACUUUCUGCACUGUGCCCAGUUGUACUUUUGGGUGUGACUGACUGAUUUCCUAAGGAAUGAAAGUGCUUAAGACUGAAUUCAUUGUGCGCUUGCUAAUGACUGCAGUGUCAUGGUAAAUAUGUUUCUACUUUGAGGGAGCUAUAGGUGUGGCAUGAUGGCUGUAUUUCUAGUGUAGGCAUGGUAUUACCUCUGAAAAACUGUAUUGCAGCCAUGGUUGCUCUCAAGCUGUGGUUCUGUAUGCAGCUCUGAAUGCUACAGUGGAAGUCUCCAGUCUUAAAUUGAUGGAAAUCUGAGACAGACUGAAGAUUUACUUGCAAUGAUGUAGUGUUCUGUCACCUGCCAGCAAGUAAUGUCCAGUAAGAAAACUGUUCCUUAGACUUGCACAGUGAUUCUGAUCCAAAGGCACGUAUAGAAAGAAGAGAGUUCAAGCAGUUGAGUCAGGCACGUUUUUCAUUAGUGGAGCUCAGUUGACCAGUUUGCGCCAUGAGGUUUCAUUCUCUGUCACUGCAUAGGCACAUACACAGAAAAAAUAAGACCCUGAGAGAGCAGGAAUUAAAGCAGUUAAUCUUCCCCAUAAAAACUUGCUUUUGACAUGUGUCUCUGUACUAUGUUACACAACACUUGCAUCAAAAUCCAAACUGGGUUUUAUUCAGUAUUCCCAGCAGGUAAUCUGCAGAUGUGAGGAAUAUAGCGAUGACUUUGUAAGGACCACAUUGCAUUUAAAACACAAAUAUUGUUAAGGCAGAUACUGUGGCAGUGAAGAUGCUUCAGUUUGCCCAGCUAGAGGAUCAUUUCCUCGUUUAUUUUUGGGAGUGCUCUCUGAGAACUGAGGAUAAUGUUCUGUGAAGCAUAUACUGGGAUGCAGCACUCCUGCGCCCUUUACUUAUAAAAGAACCUGAUCCAUAGCCUGCUGAAGCGGUUGGAACAGGUUUUAUUAUAAGAAAAGCAAGCUGUGUAUUUCUAAUAUACCAUUAUAAAUCUACCAUAUAUGCUCAUAAAUAUAAGAUCUUAUGUGUGAGCUGAUACUGAAUGGUCUGUCUAUUCAUUAUCUGGUAGGCCUGUCUGUCCCUUGUCAGCUUCAAUGCUUAGUUGCUUCUGACAUUUAUGAAGAGUUUUCUCAUGCUUCUACUUGUCUUGGUGAGAGAAAUGAAGCACAAGAAAUUCUUCCUUCUGGGCAUUGGAUGUUGCUUGCCCAGAAGGUGAAUAUUUAAGUGUUAGCAUAAUUUGGAGAAGAGGAAGGUAAUUAAAGUAAGGAUACUGCAUUGCUUUUGUUUUUUGGGUGUUUUUUUUUUGUUUGUUUGUUUGUUUUUUUAAUGGAAGUUUUUUACUGAGGCUGUUGUCAGGAUUGGUUCAUGCAGUGCUUGAAUGAUACUUUUCUGAUAUGCUCUCCUUUUCUGGAACUGAAUUUGACUUUGUUUCUUCAAACCACCCAGCUGUUAUUUUGAACGUGAUAAGCCAAGCUGCACAUUGCUACACAGAUGUAAAUCUGAUAUGAUAUGACUCGGUUGAAUUAAAUCAUUCCUAAUUUAAAUCACCACUGCUGAGAGCAGACAUUGGUCCAAUAUAUGUAUCCAUUGGAGAAGCAUAGGUUGUGUAAAUUUCGCUGUCCAAAUAAAUACUUAUCAUGUGUUAUUUACA